AUGGAAGACGACAAAUCCUUUGUUUUGAAUUCCAUGGAUGUGGACGGCACCAAUAGAGCCAAAGAAAAAAAUCCAGAUUCUGAAGAUGGUAAUAUUUCAUUAGAGUUGUCUCUUUCGUCUGCAUCAACAAUGUCAACUGACAUGGAAAAACAAGAAAUUAAUUACGAGAAAUUAGAACCUACGAUGAUAGACUUUUUCAAAGAUUCUCAGUUGGAAUCGAGGUAUACUAAUGCCGAACUAUCGUUACGAUCUUUUUGUUCUAUCGAUAAUAUGUCCAUUAGAAUUACUCCAAUUGAGAAAGAAAAACUUCCAGUGCAAGAUAUAAGGAAAUCAGAUGUACGUAAUAUGAUGUGCAUGGAAGAUAGUAGAAGUGCUUUUUCUUCGGAAUUGAUGGAAGGUUGCAGCAGUGAUAAUGUUCCGUUAGAGUUAUCUCUUUCGCUUUCGUUUGGAGUUGGUGAAUGUAGCUAUCACCAUAACUUGAACAGCUUGAAUAAGACGAUCAAUGGAGAGCUUCCUUUGACAUUGUUCAACAAGAGACAAACGAUUGAGAAUCCAGAAUUUCCAACCGGCAGAAACAAGAGAAAUAGAGUCGAGAUUGAAAUUGAACGAAGGCAUCAUGCCCCUGAUGAUCCAUGGUGCAUCAAGAAGCAGCUUUACAACAGUGAUCUCGGAAACUUGUCAAGGUUGAUAUUGCCAUCAGAGUUAGUGGAGUCUCAUGUUUUGCCGCAUUGGAAUGCCGAUCAAUUAGCCCAAAUUCAACAAGGAUUACCGGUAUUCGUUUGGGAUUGUGAUACCAAUACCCAACAUUACAUGAAGUUCAAGCGCUGGGGCAAGGGGGCCAAUGUGCUAAUCAAAAAUUGGACUACAGAUUUUGUGAAGAGAAGGAAUCUGAAAUUGGGUGAUGAAAUUGGUCUUUAUUGGGACAUCCAUAACUCAAGAUUCAACUUUUCUGUUCUAAACAGAGCUCCCUCUGAGUAA